GCGGCGGCGCUGCGCCGCGCCGCUAGGGAGCGCCGCAGUGCCGCGGUCACGCGUGGGGCGCUGCGCGGACGCGGGGCGCAGCGCGGGUGGCGGAGGCGGCUGUGCCCCGCCGCGGGAAGGCUGGAGUCCCCGUGGACAUAAUUCGCCUCGCACUGUCCUCAGCAGGAAAGAGGCUAAUCCCCUUGGCGACUUUCCAAGUGCGCCGGGGCGCCGAGGGCAGGUGACAAGGGCGCAGAGCCCGGCUGGUCUGCGACAGGGCAGCCCGCUCCCCGUCCUGCAGCAUGUCUGUAACAGAUCAAGCCUUUGUGACCCUUGCUACCGAUGAUGUUUAUUGUCAAGGAGCUCUGGUUCUUGGACAGUCCCUGCGGAACCAUAGGACAUCUAGAAAAUUGGCAGUACUAAUUACACCAGUGGUUUCCAGUGGGAUGAGGUCUGUCCUCCACAGCGUGUUCGAUGAAGUAAUUGAGGUAGAUGCACUUGACAGUGCUGACUCGGUCCGUUUGGCUCUGUUACAGAGGCCAGAACUGGGUGUAACCUUCACUAAGCUUCACUGUUGGACUCUUACUCAUUACAGCAAAUGUGUCUUCAUGGAUGCAGACACUCUGGUGUUAUGCAACGUUGAUGAACUGUUUGAUCGAGAAGAGUUUUCAGCAGCUCCUGAUUCUGGCUGGCCUGACUGCUUCAAUAGUGGUGUAUUUGUGUUCCGACCGUCUUUAAAAACCUACAACCUUCUGCUCCAGUUUGCGGAAGAACAUGGCAGCUUUGAUGGGGGUGAUCAAGGCUUGUUAAAUAGUUUCUUCAGUAACUGGGCAACAACAGAUAUUGACAAACACUUACCUUUCAUCUAUAACUUAAGCAGCAGCGCUGUAUACACCUAUGUUCCUGCUUUCAAUCAUUUUGGUAGAGAUGCCAAAGUUGUUCACUUUUUGGGGUCGGCAAAGCCCUGGAACUACAAAUACAACCUUCAAACAAGGAGAGUUAUGCAGGAUGGCACCACCUCUGGAUCUUUGCAUCAGCUGUCAUUUCUUGCCCUCUGGUGGAACAUAUACAGUGCCAGUAUAUUGCCUUUGUUAGAAAAACCUCAAAAGAUGGAAGAGUCAGAAGCUGAGGAAUGUAAGCACACAUUCAAUGGAGUUGAAAUUAUACUAAAGAAGGUCGAUCGUCCUGUGGCCAAUUCACUGCAAAUGCCUGCGCUUCCAGAGUGGACAUAUGAAACAUACCCCACAACAUGUUCACCUGAGGAACUCAUUUUCAAAGCGCAACCUGUUUGUGAAGUGGAACAACGCAGUUCUAAUGCGCAUCUCUCUGAGCCUGACAGAUCUUCAGAACAACAUAUGCUUCAUCCAGCAUUUCAGAAAACCUCAAAACUGAAUGAGGUUACAUAUGCUGUUUCAGAGCUGUCUAUUCACCUCAAACCAGAAGAACCAAGUGCAGAAGAUGAACGGAGAAAAUGGGAGGAAGGGCGAAUGGACUAUAUGGGGAAAGAUGCUUUUGAACAUAUCAAAAGGAAGUUGGACGCAUUUUUAUAUUAAGAUGAAGUGUACUGUGAUGGCCAUCAUCUAUGUCUCUUGUAUAAAUGCAGUCCUUAGAUAUUUGGUUUUCUUUGUAGUUUAUUUGACACUAAAGUUAAAGGUAGAUAUGGGUCAUUAUAUAUUUUGAGAGAAGAUGAGCAGAUACAGACUGCCGGUUUUUAACUGUUUUGUGUGCCUCAACUUUAUUGUUCUCCAUAGUGCCUACUAAAGUAUAAUGCAGAAGUGAAAUCCUCUGAAUUCAAAAGUCUCAUAUUUAUCAUUCUCCCCACCUCCUCCCCACAGUGUUCUUUAGUAAUGGUCAUGACCACUGAGAAGAUGCUACAAAAACUUUUUUGAGUUAAAAUCUUUUUUUCUGGAACUAAGUUAACGAAUCCAAGGGCAAACAUGAUGUAGACUUUCAUGUGAGAGAAAAAUGAGCGAGGAGAUAAAAUCCUGGCCUUAUAGGAGUCAGCGACAAAACUCGUUCAUUUAAGUAUAAUUAUAAUUAGAGGAAAUUAGGACUUUUUGUCUGAGAUCACUAGUGGACAUUCUCCCUGUUUUAUAUGGAAGUUGAUCAAGCAACAGGAUGAUUAGGAGUGGUCUAAAACUCUUAAAAUAGAUCAUGUAUGUCAACCUUUUAUAUCAUCACUAUAGGAUAUUGUUGGUUUUGUGUAUAUGUUAGCUCUACUUGCAUAUUCAGAGUGGCAUAGUCAGAGGAAGAAAUGCUGUCACUGUGGUGUAAACUUUCUGGUGCUUUAUAUUUGUUUACAAUACUCCAAACUGCAGUUCAUAAAGGCACUAUUCUCAUUUAACAGAGUUGCAGCAUAUUGCAGCCAGUUGGAGUGCAACUGAAAACACAGUUGGUACUUGUUUUAGUAAAUAGGCCCUUUAAACAAUCUUCUAAAGAAUAGCUGUGUUUGGGAACCAAUACAUUGGUGAGUAUAGUUCCAGAAAAAUCUAUUGAUGAGCCUCCAUUACAUUAAUUAUACUUAUGGGGGAUUGCUUUGUGAAUUUGGGUAUUUAGAUUUGACUAAUUUCAGCAAAUGUAACAAACAAGUGAAAGAGAAAUGCUAAAAGAAAUGCCCAGCAAAUGAUUCAUCUCAUUUCUCCAUUGAUCAUAACGUUAAUUCACUUUUCCUGGGAAGCUAACCUUCGCAUGCUAACACGGUAGGUGCACUCCACCUCCUGUUUUUGUACGGCACAACGUGCCUAUGCAGAGAUUGCAGUAUACUAGCUGCAGUGUACUCAUACACAUGUGGCAUUUGAUCUGGGCUAACUAUCCCUGUCUCUUAGAGAAAUAAUUUGUGCACUUCUGAAAAAGUUCUUAGUUUUUAUAAGAAUUGCUGCUAAUAUAAUUCAAACAGCUUGAAGACUGUUUAAAAUGCCAGUCAACAGUGUGAACUAAUGCUUCAUGCAGCUGUACUUUUUACAGCAAUUAGAAUGAGAGAAAAUUACUGACUUCAAAUCAUUAACCGAAAGGUUUUAGAAUAGGCAUGCUAUUGUAAAAUAUUUAAGUGAAAGGAGCAGUCAUGGAAUACACUUGAAAGUAUCAAGAUGUAAAAUGAUAUUGUGUGUGAACUGUGCAGUGUUUUGCAAAGAAAUACAGUAAGAUUAAUGAUUAGCAAGUCCUUGCACCAAAGUUAGUUAUGCUAAUAUAACAUAUAGCUCUGGAAUUAUUUUAUUUCCUUGAAUUCAUGGAAAUAAAGUAGAAAUUGACAUAUAAAGUCAUGUGCCCAUCAGAUGAUGCAGGGUUAGAGAUUUUGUUUUGUUGUGCCAGGGAGUAUUAUUCUUGACUGACUGGUUACUUUAAUAUACCUUUCAAUUUUACUAAAUUGCAUUUGUGACAUUAGCACUGCCAGCUGAGCAGAAUUAAAAGGUGGUGUGAGUUAUAAUUAUUUCUACAGACACUCAUAAGCUUUAGAAUCUCUCUUGAAUUAGUAGAACACUAGUUGGUUUAUUUUGUUUAUGGAAAAGCAUAGCAGUAGUUUCAAGACCCAACGAAGUUUGUGUGCAGUAGGCCUUCACGUAAAGAAGUCUGUUGAAAUAGUUAAAUGUGGUCUCCCAGUGGAUUCUAGCACAACACUGUUGUCACCAGAUAGUGAGAAGGGAGAAUGCUUUGAAUUAAAUCCAGAAGUUGCAAGUGCUGUGCUUUGGGCAGUAAUGUUUAGUUCUUGCAGGCCUCAUUUGAAAUCUUCUUGGGGCCACAAGCAGGUUUGGAGGGUAUUAUGGGUAGCAUGUUGCUAAGUUAAAAAUUACCUGGAAGUACACCUUACUCAACUUCAGCUAGAAUUUCUUCCACAUUAAAUCAUGGUGUAGUCCCAGGUAUUUUUAGAGUAAAGAAAGUUAAGAAAUGCAGAAUUUCGGAUGUGCGAUUCCUCCUUAAACAAGACACUUUCACUUUGGCAAUUCGGAAUGCCCUGUAGAGCAAUCACUUUGUCUCUGUUCAAUUAAAUGUUGUAAGAUAAAAAGUUGCAGAGACAAAGUGAGUAUCACAAAAUAUCUUGUACUGUCUGGUGUGUGUGUGUGAUUUUGUGUGCAAUUUUGUGUUUUGUCACUGUUGUUUAAGCCCUACUGAUGUGAGAAGCAACCAGGAGGGUUUUUGAAAGGACAAACCCUGAGCUGUUGGUGUCUGUGUGGCAGACUUCUUGACUUCUUUUGUAUUUAAAGAGGAUAACUUGUGUUUAAAUGAAAACCUGCUGAUUCUCUCUCCUUCUCUCAUGUGCUUAAGAGAGUUAUUUCCAGCUAGACUUAAGAGGGUAAUUUCAUUUGCAGUACAACAAUUUUAUGGGGUGCUGUUCAUGUAUAAACAGGAGAUAGUGUGGGUGUGCCACAAAGAAAAUUCUUGAAAAUUUUAGACGAGUGGGUUACUGCACUUUGCUAGUCUACAGGAAAGGAAGACUACUGUUCUUGAAGCAUCUCUUUACUUGCUGCCUGGUGUCAUGUGAAGGCCUUUGCAAUUGCAUGCUCUUGGGAAAGCAGAAGAGAGUUUUCUUUGUGUUUCUAGUUUAGUCAGCGCAUAUUAGUUAUGUUUUGUAUGGCUGGGAUUUGAAAAAAUGUUUAGUUAUUUCUCUACCUUGAUUUUUCUGCCAGGAAUGGAAAAUUACAUUAAUAGCAGGUGACUUUAUACAUUUUCAUGCUUCUGAAAAUGUAUACUUGGUCUACAGAAACAAGUCUACAGCAUGCCUGUCUGUUCCUUAAUAGAUCUGAACCUAUUGUUUUCCUAAGCUGUUUCAAUUCAUGUGACUUUGAUAAUAACAUGAGUCUGUUUUUCUAACUUACAUCUCUAAUAAUUUCACCUUUGUGUGAGAGUAUUUAGCUCUGUUUAUUAAAGAAAAUGAUUUAUAUAUUUCUGUUUCCUUUUGUCUCAGUUUUCUUUUUUAUCAUGGUGGUAUUUUUUAAUUUCUGUAUGUUUUUUUUUCUUUUAAUCAGCUCUAUAAAUGAAAUAAAAUGCACAGGAAUCAAUUAUCAAUUGA